AUGGAGCUGCGCGGACCGGCUUCUGACAGAAUUAGCGACGUUCCGACCAAUUUGAUAACAGAGCACAUUCUGACGCUGUUGCCCCUAAAAGACGCAGGGAGAACCAGCAUCCUGUCUAAAAACUGGAGGCAACACUGGAAAAGCAUUCCUCAACUCGUCUUCGAUCGCAAUUUCGCUCCAGUACUCCCCAAUACGACACCGAAUGAUACCAAACUAACAUCGAACAUUCACGAAGCCCUGCUGCUUCACGACGGUCCAGUAACCAAGUUUGAGCUCUCAUCAAUUCCUCCUGGAGUGGGAGAAGGCCUUUUACAUAGGUUGAUUCCUCACUUUGCAAGCAAAGGUGUCCAGGAACUUGCUCUUCGGUUUCUGUCACGACCUUACUCUCGAUCGUGCGGCCCUAGCUCUCAAAUCCGUUAG